CACUCACAAAAACCAGUACACACGACGGCGACGACGGUCCACGCGCGUCGCUCCGCCAUCCUAUCUCGCUCUCGCUUCCCGAACUCUCGCUCACCCUUCUCGCUCGCUCCGCCGCCGCCACCGCCGUCACCGCGCGCCGUCGCGACGUACGACUGCUGCUGCUGCUGCUGCAGCUGCUACAUACAAAAGACAGAGAGCGCGCGUGCGCACACUCGCACACACACACACAGACACACAGACACACAGACACACACACACACUAGUCACACUGUCGAACGGUUCGCGCGGCCCGUCGCUCGUCGCACAAACCCCUUCAGCGUUCAGUGUCUCACGUGCUCCGCAUACGUUCGGUGGUUGUUCGCUCUCAUCCGCACAUUUCACUACACUUUGUACACCGCAUACACCACCAUCACCAAACACAUUGUACACACAUUUUACCGUUAUUUCGUUGUAUAACUCACCGUACGAUAAUAAUAUAUACCGUUAUAAUAUCGUGUUUAUACGUCGGUAUAUUAUUGUUUUACGCUCGUUUUCGGCUAACGCAUAAAUCCGCUAGGCCGCAGUUGAAUGAAAUUUUUAUAAUAAUAGUAAAAAAAAAAAAAUUCGCUCGCGUCACACGUCGUACCGCGGAUUCUGAGUGUUGCGGGAUAUUUGUUACAACAGUAAUAUUAUACUGCGAUAUCGCAACGCCAUUCCACCCCCCGAACGGCCGACAAGCGUCCAUGACCAAGGUCGUCUGCGUUUGCUGCUGAAACCGUUUUCGCGGUUUUUAAUUUAUUUAGGAUUCCAAGGGAUCACUUCAACGAGGGUUACUGAAAAGGUUUAAAACUGGCUAUCGCUACUUCCAAACUGUAUUCCCAGGCUCCUUUACGAGUGUCAACGAGGCUAUACUUAUGAGCGUCCUUGACCGAACCGUGUUCAAAGUUGAACACGAAUUAUUAUAAUGCCGGAUUUAACGUUUUCGUGUCGUUGAUGUGGUUGGAUAGAAUUUUCCGACCUCAGAGGCCCGAAGGAGGACGGGAAUACUAUUCCUCCUACUUACAUGAACACACCCGACAUUCGCGUCCGUUCGGCCGUGUUCAUACCUGUUCAUGACAGACCCUCUAUUUUUCAGCCUUAAUUUGGGAGUGGAUCAAAUGGCUACGUUGGCCGAACACGCGGCUGACUUCAGCGGCAUGUUGGCCGCGAGUGGCAUGGGCAUGCCGCAGCCGAUGACCGCCGCACCGGUGCCGCUUGCCUUGCACCCGCACCACCAGUCGGUGCGCGGCCCUCUGCCGGGCCUUGUAAAAAUCGCUCAGCCUCAACCGACGGCGGUGUCGGCGGCCAACAAGGCGGGUUCACCGCUACAAAACGGCAACCAGUCCGCUCAAGACGUCGCGGCCGUAGUAGCCGCACAACAGCAACAGCAACAACAACAGCAACAGCAACAGCAACUACAGCAACAGGCCAUCAUCAGCGGUGGUAAACAAAACGGCGCCGUGGCGGUCGAACAGAUGGUUUCGGCACCAUCGCCCAGCGGCCGGUCCACACCAAACAGCAGUACCGAAGGCACGUCGGCCAAACUGUUCGUCGGUGGUCUCAGUUGGCAGACGUCAGCCGACAAGCUCAAACAAUAUUUUGGCAUGUUUGGUGACGUGACCAACGUACUCAUCAUGAAAGACCCAAUCACGCAGAGGAGUCGCGGAUUUGGAUUCAUCACAUUCUCGGAUGCGGAAACUGUGGAGAAAGUGUUGGCCGUGCCCAUACACACGUUAGACGGCAAGAAGAUCGACCCGAAACACGCAACGCCCAAGAACCGCCCAAAGGCCGGCAGCAAGACCAAAAAGAUAUUCGUAGGCGGUGUCAGCCAGGACACCACCGCAGACGAGGUAAAGGCGUACUUCAGCCAGUUUGGAAAGGUGGAAGAGACGGUGAUGCUGAUGGACCAACACACCAAGCGUCAUCGCGGCUUCGGGUUCGUCACGUUCGAGAACGAUGACAUUGUGGACACGAUAUGCGAGAUCCACUUCCACACGAUCAAGAACAAGAAGGUGGAGUGCAAGAAGGCACAGCCCAAGGAACUAGUGCAGCCAGCGGCCGCGGCCGCCGCGGGUCUGUUGCUGGGCAAGCGCCCUGUGUUGGUCGGUGGACCGCUCGGCGUCCGUGUGGCUGCCGCUCCAGUGACACAGGCCAGCCACCAACUGGCGGCCGUGCAACAAGCCCAGGCACAGGCCCAGGCCCAGGCUCAAGCCGCCGCGGCCGCGGUGGCCGCACACAACUACAACAAGCUGUUCGCCACGUACCCAGGACUGGCCAGCUACCGUUAUGCCCCGUAUCCAGUGCCGGUGUCCGCAGCCGCGGCCCCGCAGCCAGCAGCCGCCGCCCCGCAACCAGUGCCCACAGCCGCUGCGGCCACGCAGGCCGCGUAUCCGGCCUACAGCCUGUCCGGCAUCGACAUGAGUGGCUUCCAAGGCAUCGACUGGUCGUCCAUGUAUGGCAUGGGUGGCAUGUACGUUUAGGCCCGUUUCAACCCUUAUUGCGCGCGUCCUGUGCUGUUUGUAUGUUAUGUGUUGGUCAGGUCAAUUUUUUUUCGCGUAAAUGAGAAAACCGAACAAAAAAAUAAAACGAAAAACAUUCUCUUGUUGCUCAGAUACAUUCUAUCAUUGAAAUUAUUUUUUUAAUAUUCAACCAAAAAAAUCUAAAAAAAAUCCCCAUCUGAACCCUCCUCACCCCAACCCACACCCAACCACGUUUCAUUAACUAUUAUGUUUUUAUUAUUAUUCAAAAUCGACGAGGCUGACAGCCAGAUCUUCGGAAAUCAAUCCGCGCGUGUGCCAUACCACUGCCUCAUUGUCGUGAGUUAUUUUUUCAUCGGAUAAAAACUAACGAUUUCUAGUCAGAGUUAUCAUUAAUAUUAAUUAAUUAUUAUUAUUUUUUUUUUUUUUUUUAUGUAUUAUUAUUACUAUCAAUAAUUAUUAUUAAUUUUUAAUAUUUCUCAACUUUCUAAUAGUAGUGUGGUUAGUGUCUAAAUAACGUGUAAUUAAUUAAUUAGUUAAUGUAUUAUUUUGCUCUUUAAUAAAAAAAAUUCCAAUGAUCAGUAGAGAAAAUACAUUCCAUUAAGGACCAAAGCUCACAAGCAUACAUCAUGACAAUUUUUUUUAAAUACCAUUUCAUCAAUUAUAUUCUCUUUUCUCUAUAUAUUUCAUUCUCUCUCUCUCUCUCUCUCUCUUUAUGCAUGUAUACGUAUAUUUAAAUGUUGUAUAUAUGUGUAUACAUGCAUAUACAUGAUAAUUAUAAAUCUUUCGCUUCUUAUAUCAAAUGCUUCUUUAAAAUCAGAUUUACUAACUCGCUCUAGUAUUAUUGUAGUUUAACUUAGAGAAAAUAUUAAGUACGAAAAUGUAUAACAAAAAACAAUAAUUCUUAUAAUAUGUAUAUAUUUUUUUGUUUAUUUUCUCACUACUUAUUGUAUACUUAAAUCAGUAGAAUACAAGACAUUGGAGUUGUUCAACAAUUUAAUUUUAGCAGUCCGCCUUAGUGAUCAAAUCGUACAUUGUUUUUUUUGUUGUUUUUUUUUAUUGUCUAAGUAAUGAAAAUUUCACGAGUUCAAUAUUUAGUUAGACACUAAAAGAGUUAAAACGUAUAUUAUCUACUACGAAUACAAUAAUUUAAUUUUUCUGCGCGUUUUAGUUUUUAGUUUGUUAGAAUUAAACAAGUAAAAAUUACGAAAAGCACUGAUUCGACUGGACAAUACUAAUUAGAACAUUAUUAUAUGUAUGUAAAGCAAUAAUACUUAAAUGGUUAUUGAUCUCUUUGUUUAUUUAUAUAUAUUUUUUUUUUUAAAUCUUUUUUUAGUAUAGUUUUACUCUAGUGGUAAGCCCUCUAUUUUUGUAAUAUUUUGAGAGUUAAUAAAAAGGAAGACAAAGCAAUUAUACGAAAGAGGGUUAGCGAUGCUUUUACAUACUCCGGUUUUGUGUCGUAUCCUAGACCUAGACUUUUUAGUACAUUUAAAAACCUAUUCUAGGUGUAUAUUUUUAAUGUCGAAGUCAUUUAGACUUGGUGUGUAUUUUAACAGUAUUUUUUAGUUUAGUACUUUUUUUUGUAGAGUAAUAUUAUUAACUACUAUUUAUUAUUAAAAAAAAAAUAUCUAGCUGUAAGAGUAUUUAAGUGUACACUUUUUGACAUUUUUUUUUAUUAUUAUUAUUAUUAUUAUUAUUAUUAAUUUAUUUAGUUUCUGUGUAGACGUUCUCUACUAUAUAUUCGUGUGUAGUCCUACAUAUAGAAAAAAAAUCGUAAAAAAAUAUUAUUAACAGUAGUUUUAGAUACCUCUAUAUACAUGGAUCCUUCGUUUCUUUUAUUAUUUACAAUUAUUAUCAUUAUUAUUAUUAUUAUUAUUUUUUAUUAACAAUUUAGUUCUUUACGCACUCUAGUAGUUAAAUGUUUAAAAAUGCUGUGUUGUUUACAUUAUAAAACGGAAAUAAAUAAAAGUAGUAUUUGUCAGUAGAAAAUCCGACCGAUCCGCUUUUGGUUAUUUAAUUUAAUUUUAGAUUUGUUUUUUUUUUUAGAUCAUUAUUAUUUAAUCCAUAUACAUAUAUGUGUAUAUAUAUAUAUUUAUAUACACAUUUAUGUAUUCGAGUAAAGGAAAUAAUCGUAUAUGAAAAAAAAAACAAUCUUACUCUCAUCCUAACACCACACUACCGUAAUGUUGUUAUAAUACCAAUAUCUAUCUCUCUCUCUCUCUCUAUAUAUAUAUAUAUAUAUAUAUAUACAUACUAUUACCUACCUAUAUACUAAUACUAAAAUAUAUAAUAUAUAUUAUUAUUAUAGUAAAAUAUAAUAAUAUAUUGCAUGCGUAUGACCGUGCGAGUGAUAUGUAGGUAUAUAUCACCGCGUAUGGUCCGUCCGCGUUCCACAUGAGGUAAGACUCAUCUCGCUCCCUUCUCCUCACCCACUCCUAAUUCCAGUAUCAAUUGAGUGUGUGUGUGUGUGUUACACACAAUACAUAAUAUACAAUAUUAUUCUGUUAUAUUAUUGAAACCGUCUGUUGUACACACCGACUAUAUAAUAUUAUUAUUUAGACAGUAGAGUGAUAUUAUA